GUUAUCGUCGGAUGUAUAUUGCGCUAAUAUUUAUAAGACAGUUAAAAACGAAAAAAUAAUGAUAAAUGUGUGGAAUAUAUCAGAAGUCACACAGAAUAUAAACGUAGGUCAAGUGCGUACAAUUUGUGAUACUGAAAGAAAAAGACAUUUCAAUUUUUUUUGUUCAAUAAUGAUGAAACAUCUUAUUACUGUUAUAUAAAAAAUUGUUCAAGAUUCGUUAAAAGUCAGAAAACUAAAAAUUGUUCCAAGCUAAUUAUCUGUAAAAGAUUUUUACUACUUUCAGCAAUAAACCAUUUAAGGGUAAACUUUGGGGCAUGAAAGGAUUGAUUGAACAUCAACAUAAUUGUAGAAAGAAGCAAUUAGGGAGGCCUAUGAUGUUUGAAGAGGCUAAUGAUGAUUUUAUUUAUUUUAAAUGUUAUAAAAAAACUCAAAGUAUACCAAUUUGUUAUUUAUGCAGACUUCGAAUGUAUUUUAAAACCUAAUUCUUAAUUUAUAAAAUAAAGUCAUAUUAUCUAACAUUCAAUUAUGCACAAUGCUGGUUGAUAUAAAUCAUGUUUAUUAUAAGAUUUUUUUUUCAACAUUUUUCUAUAUUUACGUAAAAAACAUUUUCAGAUAAUGAAUUUCCACAAUAAUAUUUUAAACGAAAUAGACUUUUAUAAACAAAUGAUUCAAAGUUAUACGAAAACGGAUGAAAAAGACCUCAUCUCGAGAAGAUCGAAACUUAAACGGAAUAAAAAAAAAUAUUAAAAAUAUAAAAUAUAAAUUGUUUUUAACUAAAAGAACCACAGAAGUCAACUAACGCAAGUCAUAAAAAGCAAAUUUUACAGGAGAGACAAAUCAAAAAUAUUUGUUGCAAUGGACUUACAAUUGUAUACUUCAAAAAUAUUAUUUUGUAUUAUUUUCUUAUGUAAACGCUGGACAUACGUUUCUAUACUCCUAUCAUAGUUUAGUUCUAAGGUUUGUUUGAAGUUGAGAGAUUUAAGAAAUGUUCGAAAACAUUUUUGAUUAAGAAUACUUUAGAUUUUAUAGACUACACGCUUUUUUUUUUAACUAUGUUAGAGAUUUAUAAAUUUUAAAGUUAAAACAAUCAUGUUUACAAUCAUCUAUAAAAUUUAAUUUACAUGUGGAUAGUGUAUCUAUAAACUCAAGAAGUUCGGGACAUAGGUUAGGGCAUUGGGGAGGCCUAUAUAGUGUUUGAAAAGGGAGAUGAUGAUUUCAUAUAUUUCAAAUGUUAAAAAACCAAAGGAUUCCAUUUGUAAUUUAUGCAGAUUUCGAAUGUUUAUUAACUCCCAAACAACCUAAUACGUUUAUUAAAAUAUGUAAAAAACAAAAAAAAAACAGAAAACUCACGUUACACAUUUACAUGAAAUUAUGAAUUAUGGGUUUAAUGUUAAAGUUGACUAUAGUAUUAUAUCAAAAGAGCUGGUGAAACAGUUCUAAAUUCCGAGGAAGGUGAAUAUAUAUAUAAGUGAGAAGGCUGCACAAAAAUGUAUGAAUAAUAUGAUUGAAAUCAGAAAUAGUAUCAAUAAAAUUAAUCAAAUUAAUACGUUUAUUGAAUAAAUUAACUGCAAAAGAAGUAAGACAUUUGCAAUGAACCAAGUUUUGUGAAAAAUGUUCAAAACAUUUUAAAAACAAUAAUUUAAUUUAAGUUCGAGAUCAUUGUGUCAUUUUACUGGCAAAUAUAGACAAUGUCUCUGUCUUCAAUGUAAUUUUCAAAUAACUAGUCAAUCAUUCGUUCCAAUUUUCUUCCAUAAUUUAUCGUAUGAUAGUCACUUCUCUCAAUGUAACUUAUAUAAAUAAAUAUUAUAUAAAUAAACUUAUAUUAAAAGAAAUAUGAUUUUUUUAAAAGAAGAGAAAGAAAAGAUGCUUAAAUUUUAUCCAUAAUCUGUCGUACGAUAGUCACUUCAUAAUUUGAGAGCUCGGUUGUGAUGAUAAUGAUAUUCACAUUAUUCCUAAUUCAACAAAAAAAUAUAUAUCCUUUAACAAGGAAAUCGAACUUAGAUUCAGUAUAAAACUUUUUGAUACAUUUCUUCGUUUAGAAAUACAACAACUUACAUUGUAAUUUAGAAUACAAUUUCAAAAGGCGGCAUUCAAAGAAACCGGGAAAAAACGUAUAGAAGAAAAAAAAGAAAUUAUUAACAACCAUAACAAUUUAUGGUACAUCAGUUACUUGUGUGAUAAAAACAUGUUGUCCAAUAAAUUAGACAAUGUUAGAUGAUAUUCUGUUUUUUUUCUUUUUCAAUUAAUAAUUAUAAUUAGUCAAAACCUUCAUAUUUUAAUUGAACGGUGAUUUGGCGUAUUGUAUUAAAAGUCGAACGUACAGAUUGAUAAAAAAAAAAACAUUCGACACAAUCACAUUUUACAACAAUAAUUAUAGACGAAAGUUCAGUGAAGCUUCUAUGAGAUUGAACAUGGGCGACGACUCAAAGGACCAGUCACUUAAGCCUUUAUCAAACCACGCAAUAUUCGAUUAAUUGUUAAUCGAUCCAAACCGUCAAACUAUUAAAAGCAAUGAGUUAUGGGCUCAUUGAGAAGACGAGUGAAGAUGUACCAGCUGAGCUAAUGGAGAAGCACGAGAUAACGACAGAACCAGUAUUAUAUAGAGGAAACAAUAGUAAGACGGACGUGGCGAGACAUUUUGUUGAAACUGUUUCUGAAAUAUCGUUAAAGAUAGAAAAACUGUCCUUUCGGUCCCCUUGGCCUCGUACGAAGCCAUGUAUUAGAGAAAUUCAUAGAUAAUCAUCUACAUAACGUAUAAACUCGUUAUAUAUCUCUCUAAAAAGCAAAUUUUAUUUAGAUUCUAUUGAAAAUAGAGCCAAACGUGUGGUAUAUGUACUUAAAGGUUUAUUUGAGCUUAUACAAAAAAAAAUUUGAAAAUUUUGAAAAUCCUCUUAUCAGUUUUAUUUUUUUUGAUAAUUCGAAGAAUUGUGAUAUUAAAAAUCUGAUUUUAUCAUUUCUUCCAUGAAAAUAGGUAUUGCUAUAGUGAAAAACUGUCGUUUUGUCAAUAUGACUCACGAGCAAGCGUACAACCAUGGUUAUAUUAUGGCAUCCAGGGAAGCCACUGGGCGUUUACGUUAUCAACACAUUUCUGAUAAAUGAUAAUAGUUAUAUUUUUAUUUCAUUUUUAAAUUGGUUUCUCUAGUCUUUGUAACAAAAUUAAAACACUCAAUUACUAUACAAACUGUCUGCUGGAGUAUCUUAGUUUAUUCGUUAAUUCGUUAUUAAAUUAUAUUUUGUAUGGUCGUUAUUCGUUACCAAGUGUUUUUAUAGGUAAACAUUACAAUUUUUAUUUAUUGACUUAUUGUUGUUUACUUCUUCGUAAAAUGUCACGUAAUAAAUUACGUGAUGAAGAUAUUCUUGAAUUAUUGGGAGAUGGUAGAAAUUCGGAUUUAUCAGAUUUCUCUGACGAAGAGGACAUAAAUUUUCAAUCCGAAGAAUUUAAUCGUUUUAUAGAGAAUUUUGAUUUUGAUUUGCAAAGUGAUGAUGAUUUUAUACCUACACAGGAUUUGCAAGAUGAUGAUGAUUUUAUACUUACACAGGAUAUUGAUGAACAUGAUAAUGUUAUUGAUGUUGUGCCAGAUUCAAUCACAGAUCCAUUUGAGGACCAAAAUGAUUUUAUGCCACCGUUUGUUGAUAAAAGAAGUAUAAAAUGGAAAAAACAGCCUUUUGUACCUUCAAAAUUUAGUUUAGAAGAACUUGAAGAACGUAAUUUUCCUGAAGAAAUACCAACACCACUAGAUUAUUUUAUGAAAUAUUUUCCAGACAAUGAGUAUGAGGAGAUGGCUACAUAUACAAACACUUAUGCACAACAGAAUGGUAAAUUAACUUGGAUUGAAACAAAUUCAAGGGAAAUGAAAAUAUUUGUUGGUGUUCAUUUACUUAUGGGGGUGUUUGGUCUACCACGAAUACGAAUGUACUGGGAACAAAAGUCCAGAAUAAAUAUUGUUGCUGAUAAUAUUACAAGAAACAGGUUUUUUGAGUUAAGAUCAAACUUUCAUAUUAUGGAUAACAACGACAUUCCAAUAAACAAUAAAGAUCGUUUUGUAAAAGUAAGGCCAAUCUACAAUAUUUUGCAAAAAAGAUGUAAUGAAUUACCUGUCGAAAAAAAUUUGUGUGUCGAUGAGCAAAUGGUGCCGUUCAAAGGUAAACUAAGCGUAAAACAAUAUAUGCGUGGUAAGCCAAAUCCCUGGGGAAUUAAGUUAUAUCUUAUGUGUGGUGAGAGUGGUCUGGUAUAUGAUUUUCUUCUUUACCAAGGAUCUACCACUGAACUAAAUUGUAACAUACAAAAAGUAUUUGGUUUAGGUGGUGCUGUGGUGUUAAAACUUACCAUGCUAUUAAAAAAAAACCGUCAUUUUUUGUACAUGGAUAACUUUUUCACUUCUUUCAACAUAUUACAUGCACUACAACAAAAUUGCAUAUAUUCUGCAGGCACAAUUAGAGUUAAUCGGUUUGCAAAUCCGCCUUUUAUCAGUGACAAAGAACUAUCAAAAAUGGGUCGUGGAUCAUCAUUUGAAGUGAGUUCUAACAUGCAUAAUAGUAAUAUUGGAUUAAUCAAAUGGUAUGACAAUAAGGCAGUGGUAUUAGGGUCUAAUUUCAUAACCUCUGGGGUUCCUGAUGACAUAAAAAGGUAUGACAAGAAAGAAAAAGCUUACAUAACGGUAAAUAGGCCAGAAAUUAUAAAAUGUUACAACCAGUCGAUGGGAGGAGUAGAUAAGCAUGAUCAACUUGUAAGUUUUUUCAGAACAUUCAUUAAGUCCAGAAAGUGGACACUGAGAAUGAUCACACAUGCCUUUGACAUGGCAUGUGUAAAUAGCUGGUUGGAAUAUAAAUUAGAUUGUAAACAUAUUGGCAUUUAUAAAACGAUGGACCUACUGCAUUUCAAGGAGCGCUUAGGUGAAACCCUAAUUUUAGUAGGUAAGACUUUUGUAAAGAAAAGAGGUAGGCCUAGCAAUAGUCCAUCACCAUUAUCAACUCCAGUUCGAAAACGAGUCAGGAAUAUUGAUCAAAGACCGUUUGAAGAGGUGCGAUUUGAUCACAUUGACCAUUUACCAACAAAUGACAAUACUAAUUAUCCUGUUCGGUGUAAAAAUGAGGGGUGCAAGCUACGAAGUUCUGUAAAAUGUACUAAAUGUGGUGUUCAUUUAUGUUUUACUAAAAGAAAUGAAUGCUUCAGAUUGUACCACAUCAAAUAAAGUUCCUAAUUUCAUACCAAUUUGUGAUAUGUAAAUUUAUAAGACUAAAAUUUGUUACUUAUUUAUGCUUAUUUAUUAUUUUAUUUUUAUUUACCAUGAACCAAAUGUAAUUGUAAAAGACUAUUAUGAACUCAAGAUGAGAUUCUAUGUUAUUUGAAUUUUUAUUUUAUUUUAUUUUAUAAUAAUAUUAUUAUUAUGAACUCA